UCAAAAUAGUGACAGAGUGACAAUAUCUUUGAAAAAAAUCUAAAAUUCGUUUGUAUUUACAGUAGCUAAGGCCUGAAAGUACUUUACUUUGAGAAUGUCGUCACCUAUCGAAAUGACAGAGUUGUACGACAAUGCUCUGCUAGGCAUCUUGCAACAUGUUGGAAACAUACAGAAUUUUCUACAGGUUUACUUCGGCUUUCUGUACCGAAAGACUGACUUCUACCGCCUUCUCCAAAGUCCAAACGACCGCAUGGGCUUCCCACCAGGAGUGGCAGAAAAAAUGGUUCUCAAGACAUUUAAAUUAUUCGAAAAGAUAGCAGCACAAGACAGAGAAAGGGCUCUUCAGAUUCAAGAGGAGUCAAGAGCAGCUCCUCCCGCAGUGCAGGAGAUAGAAAUUCCGUCAGAAGGUCAAGCUGAAUCCGAGCAGACGAGAGAGGAGCCCGCUCCUGUAUCUGUUCCAGCGACAGAGCAGACCCCAGCGGUCAACCCAGGAUCACAAGCCAGCAAUGCUACUGCCCAGCCCAGAGACAGUGACCAGGCAUCUGCAGUAGCUCCCAGCGCGCAACCCAGUACAGCUGCAGCAGGGAACGACACUUUUCAGGCUGACCCGGACAGCUACAAUGGGGCCGUCAGAGAGAAUUACAGCUGGUCGCAGGAUUACACUGAUGUAGAAGUUCGAGUGCAUGUCCAGCCUAAUAUAGUCAAGGGUAAACAGGUGUCCGUGAGCAUGCAGCCAGGGAGCGUGAGAGUGGCGGUGAGGGAGGGAGCCGCUGAGAAAGUGCUGAUGGAGGGAGAACUCACACACAAAAUUAACACUGAAAAUUCCCUCUGGAGUUUGGAGCCCGGGCAUUGCGUGCUUCUCUCCCUAAAUAAAUGUGGGGAGGUGUGGUGGAGCGCCGUGUUGAAGGGGGAGGUGGAGAUCGACGUGAACCAGAUCAACCGAGAGCGUUCGAUGGCGUCCGUGGACGAAGAAGAGCACGCUGUUCUAGAUCGUCUGACGUUCGAUUAUCACCAGAAACUACAGGGCAAGCCGCAGAGCCAUGAAAUGAAAGUUCACGAGAUGCUGAAGAAAGGCUGGGAUGCAGAGGGUUCCCCUUUCAAAGGACAGAAGUUUGAUCCAUCCAUGUUUGACAUCCCACCCAGCGCUGUGCAGUUUUGAUAGAAAGCAGUGGGAGGUGCUAGAUAAACACCUCUGAAAUCUCCAGGCCACGUCGGACCUUGUGAAACCCGCCAAAAUACUACUGCGUCAAGGAGGUGAUGCGUAGGAAUGGAUGGAUUGGAUUGGAUUGGAGGGGUUAGAAUUGUGACGAUCCGAUUUAUCCAGUGGAAUUGUUAGAAAGCUCUGGAAUGUCUGAAAGUUUUUCUUUUCUGAUGGUAUUUUUGUGACUGUUUGGCAUGCUCUGUAGAACUUAAAAAAAGGAGUGGUUUUUUUUUCUUGGUUUUCACUGUUUUAAGCGUGUCACAGAGGUUCUUACUGUGUACAUGUUUUGUGUGUAUGAAUAUAUAUAACUGAUAACUUUCUCUCUCUCCUAAACCCUUUUGUCUCUCAGCCAAAUACAAAAAGACGGUUGUGUAGGUGCAUUUGAUAUAUGAAAUUUUUGAGAAGCAAAUAUGAAUUUUUUUUAACAUGUAAAUGCAAUUAUUUAAAGAAGACACUAUGGCCGAACCGGUACAGUUUGUGAGGUUUA